GAGAGGCGCAGCUUCCAUGGAGGGGGCGGCGGCGGAGGCGCGGGAGGGGGCCGCCGUGGCCCGGGACCUGCGGGCCUUGGGGUACGAGGGCUUCCCGGGGGCGGAGGCGCUGAGCCCCGCGUGCCCAGACUUCCGGGCGCUGUGCGCGCGGCUGGCGGCGGAGCUGGCGGCUCUGGGCGCGCUGGAGCGGGAGCCGGAGUGGGGCGCCGGGGCGCUGAGCGACGGCGACGGCCCCGGCGCGGAGGCGGCGUUUGUGCGACAGCUGGCCGGCCUGCUGCGGGAGCUGCACUGCCCGGUCCGCGCGCUCGGCAGCGGGGACUGCGGCGCGGCGCUGCGGGAGCCCGGCGCGGGCCUGCGCCUGCUGCGCUUUCUCUGCUCCGAGCUCCAGGCCGCCCGCCUCCUCCGCCUGCGGCCCAGGCUGGAUCCCGGCCCUGCGCCGCCCGGUGGGGAAGGGGCAGAGGAAGAAGCCGGCAUGGUCCAGGAACUGGUCCUUACUCUUCAAGCCCUGGGGCUGCCCAGACCCACGCCGGGGACCCCUGCCAGCCGGCUGCUGCGGGAGUUGCACGCCAAGAUCUCGGAGCUGCUGCCCUCCCUGCCGCCAGAGUCCCUGCAGCCCCUCCUCGGCUCCCCGCUGGAUGCGCCCAGAUGGGAGGCGUUGGCGUCCCUGUCCCAAAGCCUGCGAGCUCAGUACUGCUGCCGCCGCCGGCUCCUGCUCCGGCGUCUGGACCUCACUACCUCUGCUUUCCACUGGAGUGAGCGGGCAGAGGUCCAAGGAGAGGCCAUGAAGGCAGCUCUGAUCCCAAUUCGAGAGGCCCUGACCCCGGAAGUGGAUGUCUCCAUUGCACACGUCCUGGCUGCCCGAGCCGACCUGUCUCGUCUUGUCCCAGCCACCAGCAAGGCUGCCCGUCGGGGGACCUGCUGUGCCAUCAACAAGGUGCACACCUGGGCGUGGGGAAGGGCCCCAGCAUCCUUGGCCUUCAAACUGGCCUGUCAGCCUCUGCCCUGGUCCAGGCUUGUCCUCUCUGGCCUGGGUUCCUGGCCUCUGGACUCGUCACCUCUGAUCUGCCCUCUCCACAUCGCAACUAGAACAUUUCUAACUCAGAAAUCUGACCAUGUUCCUCCCUACCUCAAAACCCUUUUAUGGCUCCCCAGUGCCUUCAAGACUAUUUACUAAGCCCCUGCUCACCUCUCCAGCUUUGGCUUAAAAUCCUGCCCCCCAACUUCACCCUGUCUGUUGUAUUGGUUUUUAACCAUUUUUAAAACAGAAAUACCCUCUAGGGGCUGUCCUGGUGGCAUAGUGGUUAAGUUCGUAUGCUCUGCUUUGGAGGUCCAGGGUUUGCGGGUUU